GGAGCUCUACAGCCACAAGAAUAGACGCAGGAACCUGGUGGGCCCCAGCAGCACCAGCAGCACCACAUGUUUCUCCUGUCAAAAUUCUAUUUCUCUUGGUUUUGAUACGCAGAUCCAAACCCUUAUCAUCAUCCUCAUCCUCAGCUUUUGCCGGUGGCCAUGAAAAUUCAGUGCGAUGUGUGUGAGAAAGCUCCGGCGACGGUGAUCUGUUGCGCUGACGAGGCGGCCCUGUGUGCCAAAUGCGAUGUGGAAGUGCACGCAGCAAACAAACUCGCCAGCAAGCAUCAGAGGCUUGUUCUUGAAUCUCUCUCCAACAAGCUCCCUAGAUGUGAUAUAUGCCAAGAUAAGGCUGCUUUUAUCUUCUGCGUUGAAGACAGAGCCCUGUUUUGUCAGGACUGUGAUGAAUCAAUUCAUUCAGGAAAUACCCUCUCUGCCUACCACCAGAGGUUCCUCGCCACCGGAAUCCGCGUUGCUUUGAGCUCCGCCUGUAAUAACAAGGACGCUCAAACAUGUAGCUUAGACCCACCCAAUCAAACUACUUCACACCUAGUUUCAACCAAACUGCCUAAUUCUCUCUUCUCGCCUCCUUGGGCGGUUGAUGACUUGCUCCAGUUAUCAGAUUUCGAAUCUUCUGACAAGAAAGAGUCGCUUGAGUUUGGAGAGCUUGAAUGGAUGGCAGAUAUGGGUCUUUUUGGUGAGCAGUUUCCUCAGGAGGCUUUGGCAGCAGCUGAAGUACCUCAGCUUCCAGUAUCACAAUCUAGCAACUAUACAUCAUAUAGACCCCCGAAAUCAAACAGUCCCUACAAGAAGCCUAGGAUUGAAAUCCCAGAUGAUGAUGAUGAGCAUUUCACUGUUCCUGAUCUUGGCAUAUUUUAGACAUGUAUCAACUGGAUGUGUUAGUUGAUAGGUUGAUGAAUUAUGCAUGUUUAUACUUUGAGUGAAUACAUACUAAUAUGUAUUGAUGUAUGUAUGAAAGAAUUUACCAUGCACUUCAUGAUUUUAAGAUCUUGAGGUAGUAAAUUUUGUACUUUAGGGGACUUGCUUUCCCCUUCUGUGCUUUGUUUUACUGGAUCCAUUUAUAUGUAAUCUUGCCUGCUUGGCAGUAAGACAUAUAAUGAGAGAGGCACAUGCCUGUUAU